AGCGCGCGCUCACGAAAGGAGCGGGGCAUCCCAACGGCGCCACCUUUAAGCGUCACGGGUGGGGCUGCAGCUUCUGGACCUAGGACUUUGAACAUGUCGCGCCUGAAGCGGAUAGCGGGGCAGGAUCCCCGCGCUGGUUUCAAAGCAGGUGGAAGAGACUGCGGUACCUCGGUACCCCAAGGGCUAUUGAAGGCAGCGAGGAAGAGCGGCCAGUUAAACCUGUCGGGUAGAAACCUCAGUGAAGUGCCGCAGUGUGUCUGGAGAAUAAAUGUGGAUAUCCCUGAGGAAGCUAAUCAGAAUCUUUCGUUUGGUGCUACUGAAAGAUGGUGGGAGCAGACAGAUUUGACCAAACUAAUAAUAUCAAACAAUAAACUUCAGUCACUUACAGAUGACCUACGACUCUUGCCUGCACUGACUGUUCUUGAUAUACAUGAUAAUCAGUUGACAUCCCUUCCUUCUGCUAUAAGAGAGCUAGAAAAUCUUCAGAAACUUAAUGUCAGCCAUAAUAAACUGAAAACACUCCCUGAAGAAAUUACAAACCUAAGAAACCUGAAGUGCCUGUAUCUCCAGCAUAAUGAAUUAACCUGCAUAUCAGAGGGAUUUGAACAACUUUCCAAUUUAGAAGAUUUAGAUCUUUCAAACAAUCAUCUUACAACUGUUCCUGCUAGUUUUUCUUCUCUGUCCAGUCUGGUGCGACUCAAUCUUUCUAGUAAUGAACUGAAGAGUUUGCCAGCAGAAAUAAAUAGAAUGAAAAGGUUGAAGCAUUUGGAUUGUAAUUCAAAUCUCUUGGAAACUAUACCUCCUGAAUUGGCUGGCAUGGAAUCACUAGAAUUGCUUUAUUUGCGGAGGAAUAAAUUACGUUUUCUACCAGAAUUUCCUUCUUGUAGUCUAUUGAAGGAAUUGCAUGUAGGUGAAAACCAGAUUGAAAUGUUAGAGGCAGAACAUCUUAAACAUCUGAAUUCAAUUCUUGUGCUAGACCUGAGGGAUAACAAGUUAAAAUCUGUUCCAGAUGAAAUUAUACUACUACAGUCCUUGGAAAGGCUUGACCUAAGCAACAAUGAUAUUAGUAGUCUUCCCUAUUCAUUGGGGAACCUUCAUUUGAAAUUUUUGGCAUUAGAAGGAAAUCCUUUGAGAACAAUUCGAAGAGAAAUUUUAAGUAAAGGAACACAAGAAGUCCUAAAAUAUCUACGAAGCAAGAUCAAAGAUGAUGGACCUAGCCAAAGUGAGUCUGCUACUGAGACUGCCAUGACACUACCAAGUGAAUCCAGAGUCAAUAUACAUGCCAUCAUUACAUUAAAAAUAUUAGACUAUAGUGAUAAACAAGCAACUUUGAUUCCUGAUGAGGUGUUUGAUGCAGUAAAAAGCAACAUCAUCACUUCUGUUAACUUCAGUAAGAAUCAACUAUGUGAAAUUCCAAAAAGGAUGGUAGAACUGAAGGAAAUGGUUUCUGAUGUCGAUCUCAGUUUUAAUAAACUUUCCUUUAUAUCCUUGGAGUUAUGUGUGCUUCAGAAAUUGACUUUUUUAGAUCUCAGGAACAAUUUUUUAAAUUCUUUGCCAGAAGAAAUGAAAUCACUGGUAAGACUGCAAACGAUCAAUCUUUCCUUUAAUAGGUUUAAAAUGCUACCUGAAGUUCUAUAUCAUAUCUUCACACUUGAAACAAUUCUGAUUAGUAAUAAUCAGGUUGGAUCUGUGGACCCUCAGAAAAUGAAGAUGAUGGAAAAUCUGACCACGUUGGACCUUCAAAAUAAUGACCUCUUACAAAUUCCACCAGAGCUCGGUAAUUGUGUAAACUUAAGAUUACCACCAUUCUAUUUCGAGCCCAGUACAGUCUUUCUCACUCUUUACAUCUGCUGUUCCCUCAGCAUCAGAACAUUACUACUGGAUGGAAAUCCAUUCCGAGUUCCUCGAGCAGCCAUAUUAAUGAAAGGAACAGCUGCUAUACUUGAAUAUUUGAGAGACCGAAUUCCUACUUAACAUGGAGUUGCUUUAUAACCCUUGUCAUGUAUUAUUAACCCUGGUUAAUUCUAAGGAGGAUGUAACAUUUGUUUUAGUGUCAUCUUAAAAGGUGAUUAUUGUUAAUUGAUCUUGUAGUUUCCCAGUAUCACCUACCCGUUGGUAUAAUUAGCCUGGGCCAUAUUCACUGCCAGUAAAUAUUUUUACAUUUUUAUUUAAGAUUUUUGUAAGGUGUUGUAUACAUUUGUAAUGGUGAUAACCACAAUGUGUUCAUACACUUGUUCUAAAUGUUUUGCAUAUGAUUUAUCCUACUAACUUUCAUUUUCUUAUAGCAAGCAGUUUUUUCAAAAAUGAAUUUUUAUUUAAUGUGGUUUAGUAUUAUAAUAACAAAGCAUUUUUGUAGAACUGGUUUUUUUUCUCAUUUAUUUUUGUAUUCCAUACAAUGUGACCAAUUGACUUGAAUAUGACUAGCCAGUUUCUAUGUUUUUGUUAGAUAUAAAAUUAAAUCGAAUUUUGUUGAAUACUGUUCUUUGGCAUUUAAAAAAUAAGACCUUCUUAUCUUGGGCCACAUGUCAAAAGAAAAAGGAAACAAAAAUAUAUUAAAAAUAAGACUUUUCAUUACCCAUGAUAGGACUUUUGUGAUAUGGCUAAUCUCAGUACACAUUUCAACUUAAAACCUUUUUAUUUACAGCACCAUAAUUUUAAAAUUUACUUGCAAUCUUGGUAAGACUAAACUUGCAGUGUUUUUCUAAAAGGGAAUUUGAUAUAGGUAAACUUGAUUUAAUAAAAAUUAAAUAUCAUUUUUGUUUACACCAAAAUUAUCAGAAGUAGGUUGAUUAGUCAUUAUAACACUUACCAUAUGAUUCUGUUAAGAAGUCAAUUCAGUAGCAUGUAUAUCAAUUUAUAUAGAUAGGUAGAUAGAUAGCUUUUGGAUGAUUGAGGCAUGCUUAUAUUAUGAAAAAAAUUGCUAAUAAAGAUAAAUACUACAUGUUCAGAAUAAAAGUUACAUUUUUCAAA